UUAGCACUCUCUGAGGCAGAGCACAGACAUAUUUCUUCAUAUGACAAGUUAUUUUUCAACCCCAUAACAUGACUGCCUAAAGACUUUAGAUGACUUUUGAGGACUGUCAUAUAUUUUAGACUAAAGCUACAGAUUCAGAGAAACAAAAAACUGAGUGGAUUUUUUUUCCAAAAACCUGGAAUAUUUCUUGGAUUGGAUUACCUGCAUCUUUCCUCGGGUUGCUGUAUCAUCAUACUACAAAGUUGGAGAGCUGAAAACAGUAUGGCUGUCAUCCUGUGGGCAUUGGGACUCUCUCUGCUCGUCCAGGGCUGUUUGAGCAGUGUGGGACAGACUGGCUGCAUGACAUGGACACCGAAGGGGAAGACUGAUGUUUGCUGUGAUCAGUGUCAUCCAGGACACCGCCUGGUCAAAAACUGUGGUGUAGACCCAAAAGAUCUUUGUACUCCUUGUGAGUCCGGGACUUACACUGAUGAGUCUCAAGCCAACCGGUGUAAAAGGUGUACACAGUGUGUGGGGGCUCAAGUCCUUGACAAAGAGUGCACAGCCACAACUGACACACAGUGUCGUUGUAGAGAGGGACUCACCUGUGGUGAUAAGCGCUGUUCCUUCUGUUAUAAAAAGUGUGGCAAAGGCGAGGAACCUACAAAGGACCGUGCUUGCAGAAAGUGUCCUGAAGGAACCUUCAAUGACCAAGAUCACCAGAAGUGUAAACCAAGGAGUAAAAAGUGUCCCAAUCCAGAUCACCAGGUCAUUGUUGCCAUGGGGGAUGAAUUUAAUGACAUCAAGUGUGAGAACGUUUCAGCAGUUACUCAUCCUGGACCAACCAAACCAAACCAACCUACUGUAACUGAUCUCACAGAAGAUGAGUGGCCAGUGGCCUUAUUCGUGGUCCCCACCAUAGUUCUGAUGGCCUUUAUCAUCUUCAUCAUUAUGAUCAUCACUGUGUCUGUGAAAAUCCACCGUGGGAAGCCAACAGACAAGACUCCCAUAAAACCACAGAUAAUCAGAACCCCUACAGAUGACCCCUGUACAUUGGUGGCCAUAGAGUGCAGUUUCCACGAGGCCCAGCAAGAGCAGGGCAGCAGCUCAGAGUCGCUGGCCUCCAAGGACUCCUCAUUCCCGCUCAUUGCAUGAAUGGAAGGGGACCGGACCCCACUCUGAAAUCUGAAAUACCUGUCAAAGUUUUGUUGAAUUCAGGGAGAGAAAACAGGAUAUCCCGAAUAACAUGAGAUCCUUCUUUGUAAUACUCAGCCACAAGUUUGUAAGAUGUCUUUGUUGUGUGAAU